AAGCUCCUCCUUCUUCCUGGUCGUCAGAGCUGCUUAAUAUGGCUGCCUCCAUCGCGCCUCGGUGUAGUCUUCCUGCAGCAAUAGUAAUAGCUCUUUUAUUGGGUUGCUGUAGUUUAGCGAUCGCAGACGGAAUCCAGGAUCAAGCAGAACAGUUUUUUAGAAGUGGACAUACAAACAACUGGGCAGUUUUGGUGUGCACGUCUCGAUUCUGGUUUAACUACCGCCAUGUGGCCAAUACCCUUUCAGUUUACAGAAGUGUCAAGAGACUAGGCAUUCCUGAUAGCCAUAUAGUCUUGAUGCUGGCAGAUGAUAUGGCAUGCAACCCACGAAAUCCAAGCCCAGCUACUGUUUUUAGUCACACAAACAUGGAACUGAAUGUCUAUGGAGAUGACGUGGAAGUGGAUUACCGAAGCUAUGAGGUUACUGUGGAAAAUUUUCUGCGAGUAUUAACAGGCAGAAUCCCAGCCAGCGCACCUCGCUCAAAGCGUCUGCUUUCUGACGACAGAAGCAAUAUUCUUAUAUAUAUGACAGGUCAUGGUGGGAAUGGUUUCUUGAAAUUUCAGGAUUCUGAAGAAAUCACAAAUGUAGAGCUUGCAGAUGCCUUUGAACAAAUGUGGCAGAAAAGGAGGUAUAAUGAGUUGCUGUUUAUCAUUGAUACGUGCCAAGGUGCAUCCAUGUAUGAACGAUUUUAUUCUCCCAAUAUAAUGGCUUUGGCUAGUAGCCAAGUUGGAGAAGACUCACUUUCACAUCAACCAGAUCUUGGGAUUGGAGUUCAUUUGAUGGACAGAUACACAUUUUAUGUCUUGGAGUUCUUGGAAGAAAUCCAUCCAGCUAGCCAGACCAAUAUGAAUGACCUUUUUCAGGUGUGCCCUAAAAGUUUGUGUGUGUCUACACCUGGACAUCGGACAGAUCUGUUUCAGAGAGAUCCUGAAAAUGUUCUGAUAACUGAUUUCUUUGGAAGUGUACGAAAAGUAGAAAUUACAACGGAGACCAUUUCUCUGGAUCCUAAUUUAGCACCUCAGGAGACCAGCCAUGCUGUGGAUGAAGUAGCAACGGAGGCAUUAAAAUAUGCAGAACAACUUCCUGUAGCACAAAUAAUACAUCAGAAACCAAAACAGAAAGACUGGCAUCCUCCCGGAGGGUUUAUCUUAGGACUCUGGGCGCUCAUUAUCAUGGUCUUCUUUAAAACCUACGGAAUCAAACACAUGAAACACAUCUUUUAGACCCUUAGAGCAAUCAAGAUGUCUUGCUCUGAAUGCAUAAAAAUGAGGUCUUCUACCGGAAAAUUCUUCUCCACCACCCCACUUGUUAUGAUACUUGCACAUUUUUACUUUGUGUUUUGUAUUGUUAAAUGCAGCUGUUUAAUACCCAUUUUGAACACGUUUUAUAAAACUUCCAAGGACACAGUGAGAAUCCUUCCCUCCUCCUUCAUUGAAAUGAAUGAGCAACCUAACAGGAGUAAAGGCACUCCAAAGGGGUAAAAGCAGGCUUCGUCUUAUCUGAGUUUGCUUCAGGGAGAAUAGCAUUUGUAUCUACUAUACAAGGAGUAUUCAGGGUGGCAUUGCCCUGCAUGUGGACUGCAGAACAAAUUUAUUUUUCGUUCAUGAAGUUGGGAGUUGUGGAUUGCAUAUAGUUAACGUGCUGCUCUGGGCUCCUCUGAAGGAAGAUGCAGGGUAUAAAUCUAAAUAAUAAAUAAAGUGGAACAAAAAUAAAUCCCUUUAAGUCUGAAGUGCCAUAGCAACAGUAUCUCUCUCAGGUGAGCGUGAUGCAGUUUCUGUUCCACAAGCACAAUAUCUUGGUAAGUAUGCCAUACUGUUCUGUGGAAUGAAACGGAAACAUACAAAACAGACUUUAUCAGUUACAGUGUUAGCUGU